GCAGGAAGUUAGGACAUGACGUGUCCGGAAGUGUUAUUAGGAAGCGAACGAGCGUCUAAACAGCAGGUUGUCGUUAAAUAUGAAGCGGUGAAGGUGCCGGUACAUAUCUACAUAUAUUUAUUUAAAUUACAUUAGACCGUGUCUGCCCCGAAGCGCGUGCUGAGGAGGAGGAAUAAUUCGCCAUGAUGUCGGAAUGCGACCCCGCCGACACCGAGAGCGCGAGCGCCGCCUUCCCCGAGAGCCGCGUCCCGCAGCCGGCGGCCCUGCGCGCGCUGCCCGGGGGAGCUCAGCGCCUCUGCGGCUCCACGGAGUCCGUGCUCACGGAGCUGGAGGCGGAGGAAGAGGAGGAGGAGGAGCAGGAAGACGCGCUGCUGUUACCGGGAACAGCGACCUGCGGCUCGGCCUCAUCCUCAUCCUCCCCGUCCCGCGCCGCCAGAGACAAGAGACCCAGCCGGCACCGGCACCGGCACCGGCACAGCUCCUCCUCGGAUAAAGAGAACCUGGCUUCUCCCGGAAACAGCAGUGGUGAGUUUAACCAUUUCCCGGAGGACCCAGUGUUUGGGGAGAUCAUACAGCGGGCGGAGCAGGCCAUCGAGAGCGGCGUUUUCCCUGAGAGAAUCUCACAGGGUUCCAGCGGCAGCUACUUCGUCAAAGACCCUAAAGGGAAAAUCAUCGGCGUGUUCAAGCCCAAAUCCGAGGAGCCGUACGGUCACCUGAACCCCAAAUGGACCAAAUAUUUCCACAAGCUGUGCUGCCCGUGCUGUUUCGGCCGCGGCUGCCUCGUCCCCAAUCAGGGCUACCUGUCUGAGGCAGCCGCCUCGCUAGUGGACCAAAAACUCAGCCUGGACGUCGUCCCAAAGACCAAGGUUGUGUCUCUGGCCAGUGAGACGUUCCACUACAACGCCAUCGAUCGAGCGAAAUCUCGCGGGAAGAAGUACGCUCUGGAGAAAGUGCCCAAAGUGGGACGUCGCUUCCACAGAGUGGGCCUGCCCCCCAAGGUUGGUUCGUUCCAGCUGUUUGUCGAAGGCUAUCAGGAGGCAGAUUAUUGGCUGAGGCGGUUUGAGGCGGAGCCUCUUCCUGAGAACACGAGGAAGCAGCUGCAGUCUCAGUUCGAGAGACUCGUCGUGCUGGAUUACGUCAUCAGGAACACGGACAGAGGAAACGAUAACUGGCUCAUUAAAUAUGAGAAAGCUGGAGAAGGAGAACAACCAGUGAAGGGCUGUGAGUGGAGUGAACAUAAAGAGUGUGUGAUUCAGAUCGCUGCAAUCGAUAACGGCCUGGCCUUCCCCUUUAAACACCCUGAUGAGUGGAGAGCAUAUCCGUUCCACUGGGCGUGGCUCCCUCAGGCUAAAGUGGCGUUCUCUCAGGAGACGCGAGAUCUGGUUCUGUCGCGGAUCUCUGAUAUGAACUUCGUGCAGGAUCUGUGUGAGGAUCUCUACGAGCUCUUUAAGACGGAUAAGGGCUUUGAUAAAACCAUGUUUGAGAAGCAGAUGUCUGUGAUGAGAGGACAGAUCCUGAACCUGACCCAGGCACUGAAGGAUGGGAAAAGCCCCCUCCAGCUGGUGCAGAUGCCCCGGGUGGUGGUGGAGCGUAGUCGAGGUGGAGGACAGGGACGGGUGGUGCAGUUAGGAAACGCUUUCACGCAGACUUUCCACUGCAAGAGACCGUUCUUCACUUCCUGGUAGCGGAGGAACCAGGUGAAGGGGAGGGUGGUGGUCUGUUCGUGAAGUUCUAAAUACGACCCGGAAGCUUGUUGUUGGAGACUCGAGGCGUAGCGUGAAGUGAAACGUGCUGGAGGAGUGCGUCAUUUUGGAAAGUUUAAGGACGCAGUGAAGAGCGGGAGACGCCUGCGGCGCUGUGAGGAAGAUCUGAUCGGGAUAUUUUACUAUGACUUGCUGAAAGUUUCGACAGCAUGAGAUCGUUUUCUGCUGGAAAGCUCAGAUGGAUGGAGGGAGGGAGGGAGGGAGGGCUUCUUUUCAGGAAUGGUUUCGGGAUAGUUUGUCAGUUUGGAGCGGUUAGGAAACGGUUUCACAUGGAUAUUACACUGCAAAAAAAAAAAAAAAAAAAACACUCCUUCACUUCCCGGUAAUAAUCAGGAACCAUUUUGUGGAACCUUAAUUUUUCAGCAUUCGGCAUAUUGGCCAAGAUUCUAACUAGAAAGGCAGGGAGAGCCUUCUUUUGGAUUUGUUGGAUGUUUUUCCCCUUACGAUGCUACCAGAAGCUCAAAAAUCCCUUUUCCAGUUAAAAAAAACCAUAAAGGGCUUCUUUUCAGGAAAGAAUUGAGGGUGUUUCUUUGGUCCAGAUGCCACGGGCAGUAGUAGAACAUAGACGAGGAGGUGGACCAUUCUGAUACUUUCACUGCAAAAGGUUCUUCUCCAGUUCCUGCUUAUGGGAAAGCACUAGGUGAAGAUCCUGGGUAUCCUUUGGGGAAGUUCUGAUCAAGAUAUUAUUGUAUGUCCACAUUAAGACAUGGUACCGUGAAAUCAAAAAUAGGUGUCCACUAGCAAAGUAGCACAGAUUUUUAUUUUAUUUUAUUUUUUUUAAGGAAAUACCUGAGCACAUUUCUGGUCAUGGAAUGUAGGUAAUGAGAACCACUAGAAAGGAAAAGGAGCCUCUCUUAGGUUCCUAGUUUAUUUGGGAACUGCCAUAAAGUAAACAUGGACGUCCCAUCUAAGAAGGAAUGGCUCACGUCCUGAAAAGAAGCCCUAAUUUGACAAAAAGGACAGGAUUGAGUAACAGAAUGGUAUUUCUGGGCAAAAAGCGGCAGAUUUUUACGAAAUGAAGGCUUUUUUCUCUUUUCCUCGAAGCUUUUUCUUACUGUUUUAGCUCGACACGCUGCACUGGAUAUUAAAAGGGAAUCUCCUCUUUAAAGUUGGUAAAAUAAAAAUAAAUAAAUAAAUAAAAAAACUGCCAGUUUUUAUAUACUGUAAAAUUUACAAAUGAGGAAUGAAGCAUAAAUAUUGUGAAACUUGAAAAAAAGAACAUUUUGCUUGAAUGUAACCUGCAAGUUUACGUUUCACGCCGAUUCUCCUGGGCGUUUCGAGUCGGAGCAGAAUCACCGGCGGGGUUUCGAUGCGCUUUGAAUGUAUUUAAUGCCGUGUAUCAGAACGCGGCGAGUCGAGCACACGCUGAUAAAACAAACAGAAAAAGAGUAAUUUCACAUGUAUGCAUUGUGGACUUUACAUUCCUGCUGAAUGGUUCUUGAAGAAACUGUACUUUAAGUGACAAAUCAAUAAAAUAAAACGAGUAUUAAAUUAAAUUAUAAAAUUAC